UGACAUGCUUAAUUUUGAGGUUAUGUUGGUUUAGUGAGGUUAUAUUUGUUAAUUGAAUAAAAUGGAUAUUAAACCGGGUGAUUUCGUUAUGCCAGGGGAUACCAUCAAAGAUAUAUCAUCAAUUAAAAAUUUAGUUAUUAUAGGACCCGGUUUACAUCAAGGAAACGAUGUAAAUACUUUAAUAAUAACUAGACCUGGAAUACUUUGUCAUAAACCCCACAAUAUUUACUGGGUUGAGACUCCCCAUAAACGUUACAUCCCGAAAAAAGGUGAUUUGGUGGUUGGGGUGAUCGUAAAGAAAUCUGGGGAUGCUUUGAAAGUCGAUAUAGGAAGCGCGGAGCAAGCCGCUUUAUCAUUAUUGUCUUUUGAAGGAGCCACGAAGAAACAAAAACCUGAUUUGCAAGUUGGUGAUUUAGUUUAUGCAAAGUUAUUAAGUGCUAACAAGGAGAUGGAGCCGGAAUUAGUGUGUAUUGACAAAUAUUAUAAAGCCGGUAAUUUAGGCCCAUUAAGUUCUGAUGGAUUUUUGGUUAACGUUCUACCGGAAUUUGUCUAUAAAUUAUUAAACGUUGAAAAUCCUUUAUUGAGGACGUUAGGGAAGAAAUUUCCGUUUGAAAUCGCAGUGGGAAUGAAUGGAAAAGUCUGGUUUAAUGCAAAGAGUACAAGUGAUUGUUUAACAUUGAUGAGAGCUUUAUUAGUUGCUCAACAUCAAAAGGAAAAAGAAAUUAUUGAAGCAUGUAAUAAACGUUAAUAUUUAAUAAACUUUUUUUUUCUU